CAUUUCCAGUGGCCACCGUUGUCUGAGGCUGGUUGGGAGCGGGGCUGGGGUUACCCUGACAUUUCUGGGACGGCGGCCAGCCAAGAAGGGAAAGAGAAGAAAAGACGAGCCUUUUACAAUUUGCUUUUGUCGAAGUGCGGAGAAAGGGGAAAGGGAAGCGUCCUUUCUUUUUUCUUUUUUUUUUUUUCAGCAUCACAUUCCUGUGUUUUUCCUCAGCCUGGAAAAUAUAUUAAUGCUGGUGCUUUACUCUCUGGAAACAAAGGAGCUAAACGGGACCGAGGAAGCAAGAAGUGGGAAGGAGGCUUGGGAGGUUUAAAGGAGAGAGACUCGGAGCAGCUGGGAUCUCCCUUUUCUUAAAUGAAAUCCCUGUCUGUGCGGGUAACUGGUAGAGCAAAAAGCCAGACCUGCAGGUAAAUGGAGAAGCAGAGAUCCCAAAGGAAAUUUCCGCUAACCUCAUCCCGCUUGUCAAGAAGGUGAAGAAGAAAGAAAGCUGAAAGAGACACGGGGAGACAGACAGGCUCUGGGACCUGUUGGGCUGCGUAAGGAUAAACCACAGGGCAGCAGCAAAGCUGUAUGGCAUUGAUCUCCUUUUAAAGGAAAAAGACGCGAAACCUUGUCGCUGGAAGGGGAAUUUCCCUGAGAGUCAGAUUGCACAAUGAACUGGAGGCCAGCUCUCAGCUUAGCCCUGCUAUGGGCAGCGUGGCUAGUGUGUGGCUCUGAGAAGACGGGGAAGCUAGCAGAGAGAGGGAGCCAUGGUGUCAGGAAAGUGCCCCUGGCUUACAGGGCUCCAAGCAGCCUCCUCAGAAGGUCUGGAGCAUCCCUGAGGAAUUCGAAUCCCCAACACCCCGUCACCAAGAGGGAUUCUUCAGCACCUCCAAAGGCACCUGCCAAUCUCCUGCACGGGGAAGCACGUUCCCAGGCCAGGGGCGUGGGGACCAGAAUGAGACGGGUACAGAGACUCACAGCUGCAGCCAAAUACUCCAAGUCUGAGAUGAUUAAGGACGAAGGGAUAUCCCCUGCCUCCCAGUCACGACUGGGACGUUUCUCUUCAGGGCCAAGCUCUCCCAAUGUCCUGGCCAGCUUUGCUGGGAAAAAUCGUGUGUGGGUCAUUUCUGCCCCCCACGCCUCUGAGGGCUAUUACCGGCUCAUGAUGAGCCUGCUGAAAAACGACGUUUACUGCGAACUGGCUGAGAGGCACAUCCAGCAGAUUGUGUUGUUCCAUGAAGAAGGGGAAGAAGGGGGAAAAGUCAGAAGGAUAACCAAUGAAGGAAAAAUCCUGGAGCAGCCGCUAGAUCCUGCCCUCAUACCUAAGCUCAUGAGCUUUCUGAAACUAGAGAAGGGGAAAUUUGGCAUGGUGCUGUUGAAGAAAACUCUGCAGGUGGAGGAAAGGUAUCCUUAUCCAGUCAGGCUAGAGGCCAUGUAUGAAGUUAUUGAUCAAAGCCCGAUCAGAAAAAUUGAGAAAAUGAGGCAGAAGGGCUUCAUCCAGACUUGCAAAGCAGCUGGGGUGGAGGGACAAGUGGUUGAGGAAGGCAAUAACGGGGGCAGCACCCAGCCUACCCCUAGUGGUGGACAUGUCCAGGUGUCAACAAGAAAGGAGGAGCCAAGGAGGAGCAAUAACCAGCCAACAAGGACCAAAACAGUGAGGAAACCAAUGACAACCACCGUGGCUACUCCUCUGCCUACAGUAAGGACCACGACCCUCCCUCCCACCACCACAACUACCCGUGCCACCACCCGCGCAGUGACAACAGCAAGCCGGUCUACGACAACAACUACACCCCUCCCCACCACGCAGAGGACUUGGACCACAAAGUCGCAUUCUACCACAGAGUACCACAGGCUGCCAGUAGCCCCCGAUGUCACCACGCCACGAGUCACAGCCUCUGAGGAUUUCUACUCUCCUGUGUGGAAGGGAAACCGCAGGGACCGGCAGCGCGGCCACUCAGAGAAACACCCAGUGGCCACACGGAAACCAAGCAAAGCUGCCCGCUAUGACAGUUUCACAGAAGUCCCAACAGCUCCCUCAGUGCACUACACGAAGGCAAAUGUGGGUAGAUUUAAAGAUAACAGAACAGAUAGAAAGGAGUAUAACCACAGGGACCUGAAUGUCACACCAGGGCAACACAAACCAACUAAGACUAAACCACCAAAAAAGAAGGCCCAAGAAAAGAUACUGAGCAAUGAAUAUGAAGAUAAAUAUGACCCGAGCAAGCCUGCUAGUUCUCAUUUAGAGGAAGAGAUUGCAGCAGGAAAUAUUCCCCCCAAAAAAGGAAAAGAAUCAAAGAAGCAUGAGCGAAUGGAUAAACCCGAGAAGAAGAAGAAGAAGGACAGACCUGACAAGCUUCAGAAGAGUGAGAAGCAGUCCAAGAAGGACAAAGCUGACAAAAAGAGCAAGCAGGACAAAGAUCGUAGCAAGAAGAACAAGAAGGGGAGCAGGACUGAGAAUGAGGAUUUCCCCAAGCCCAACAAGAAGCCUUUCCCACAGCCUCCCAGGAAGUCAGUGACCGAUCUCCUGGAAUAUUUUGAAGGCAAAAGGCGGCUCAUUCUGAUCACGACACCCAAGGCAGACAACACCAUGUAUGUACAGCAGCGAGACGAAUAUCUGGAAAGCUUCUGCAAGAUGGCAACGAGGAAGAUCUCAGUCAUUACAAUUUUUGGCACCAUGAACAACAGCAGCAUGAAAAUUGACCACUUCCAGCUAGAUAAUGAAAAACCCAUGAAAGUGAUAGAGGAUGAAGAUCUUGUGGACCAGCAGCUCAUCAGUGAGUUGAGGAAAGAGUAUGGGAUGACUUACAAUGACUUCUUCAUGGUGCUGACGGACACUGACAUGAAGGUCAAGCAAUACUAUGAAGUACCCAUAGCAAUGAAGUCUGUGUUCGAUUUGAUUGACACCUUCCAAUCACGAAUUAAAGACAUGGAAAGACAGAAAAAAGAGGGCAUUGUCUGCAAAGAAGAUAAGAAGCAAUCCCUUGAGAGCUUCUUAUCCAGGUUCCGAUGGAGAAGGCGGCUGGUGGUGAUCUCUGCUCCCAGCGAUGAGGACUGGGCUUAUUCCCAGCAGCUUGCUGCUCUCAGUGGACAAGCCUGCAAUUUUGGUCUGCGCCAUAUAACUAUCCUAAAAUUGUUAGGACUUGGAGAAGAUAUUGGUGGCGUCUUAGAGUUGUAUCCAAUUAAUGGAAGCGCUACUGUAGACCGAGAAGAUAUCCCAGCUAAUUUGGUGAAGGACAUUCGAAAUUAUUUCCAGAUUAGCCCAGAAUAUUUCUCCAUGCUUCUAGUUGGAAAAGACGGGAAUGUCAAAUCUUGGUAUCCUUCUCCAAUGUGGUCUAUGGCGAUUGUGUAUGAUCUGAUUGAUUCCAUGCAGCUUCGGCGACAGGAAAUGACAAUUCAGCAAUCACUCGGCAUGCAGUGCCCAGAUGAUGAGUAUGGUGGGUAUGGUUACCAUAGCUAUCACCAGGGAUACCAGGAAGGUUACCAAGAUGACUAUCGUCACCACGGAAGCUACCACCAUGGAUAUCCAUACUGAAAAGAGCAACUUAGCCUCCAACUGCCCUGUGUCUAUCUUCUAAUAGCUAUCCAAGCAAUAGGUGGUUAGUUGUGGAAAGUCUUCCCAGGCCACCUAGGUAUCCAUGCCUUGUUCUUCCACAGUUCAAUCAAAGGACUUUGGUCAUUUGCCUUCUCAAAAAUGCAGAAGCCUUUACAGUGAAGCAGUUCAAACCAGUAGUACUGAAGCUUUAAACAAUAAAGACUCCUUUAUAUUUUUAAACCUUUAUAAA